CUCUUCCUUUCUCUUCUUUAUUGUCUAAAAACCAAAAACCAAAAACCAACGCCACUUCCAUUUUCAAGUUUUAACUUCACUUCAUGGAAGAGGCAAGUCCAAGGACCCGUCGUCGCCCGGAGCACAUUUCCCACCUAUCAAUCUCCGGGACGCAGCUACCAGAGAGCCCAAGAGGUCCAAUGGAGUUCCUCUCAAGGUCAUGGAGUGUUUCAGCUCUCGAAGUGUCCAAAGCCCUUGCCCCUCUUCCUCCUCAUCACCAUCAUUCUGUCAGUAGUACCGGUACGGCUCCCAAGUCUGCUAGCGGCUCUUCUUGCACCACCACUUCUAUACCAGAAGAUAUUAAUGGCGAGACCGAGGAGCUUGAUAAGGCUGCUGUUGCCAAUCAGUUCUCUUUCACUUCUUCUGCUACUUCACAACUCGUUCUUGAACGCAUCAUGUCACAAUCGGAAGUGUCACCAUUAACGUCAGGGAGGCUCUCUCAUAGUAGCGGACCUUUGAUUAAUGACAGCCCUCCAGUUUCUCCGUCUGAGGAAUUCGACGACGUCGUUAAGUAUUUCCGUACCCACAACUCCAUACAACCUUUAUUCAAUGGGGGCCGCGCAAGUGCGGGUAACGGUGUUAACACUCCCAGCGGGGCAAAGACGGUUGGGAGAUGGUUAAAGGACCGGAAGGAGAAAAAGAAAGAAGAGACCAGAGCUCAAAAUGCACAGCUCCACGCUGCUAUCUCAGUUGCUGCAGUUGCCUCAGCCAUAGCAGCCAUUGCAGCGGCUACCGCGGCUUCUUCUUCUAUCUCUGGAAAAAACGAACAGUCAACGAAGACCGACAUGGCCGUGGCUUCAGCAGCAACGCUAGUAGCUGCGCAGUGCGUGGAGGCUGCAGAAGCUAUGGGAGCUGAGCGUGACCAUCUUGCUUCAGUCGUGAGCUCUGCUGUUAACGUUCGUUCACAUGAUGAUAUCGUGACUCUUACAGCUGCAGCAGCUACAGCUUUACGCGGGGCAGCGACCUUAAAGGCAAGAGCACUAAAAGAAGUUUGGAACAUUGCAGCGGUCCUUCCAGCAGAGAAAGGAAUAAGCACCGGAUCAUGUGCUAAAGUCCAUAACGGGCAUUCAAACCGCAACUACAGCGGAGAACUUGCCCCAGGAGAGGAUUUCUUUACUGCCUGUAGUCAAGAGCUCCUUGCCAAGGGUAGCGAACUUCUCAAAAGAACCCGGAAAGGUGACCUUCACUGGAAAGUUGUCUCUGUUUAUAUGAAUAAGACAGGCCAGGUGAUUUUGAAGAUGAAGAGCAAGCAUGUUGCUGGGACAUUCACCAAAAAGAAAAAAAAUGUGGUUAUGGAGGUGUGCAAGGACAUGCCAGCAUGGCCAGGGAGACAUCUAUUCGAUAGUGGAGAGCAACGUCAUUACUUUGGAUUGAAGACUGAAACAAGAGGAGUUGUAGAGUUCGAGUGCAGGAGUCAGAGAGAAUACGAUAUGUGGACUCAAGGUGUCUCAAGGCUUCUGGCAAUUGUUGCUGAAAGAAAGCACAGGAGACAAACCUCAACUACAUGGCCUCUUGGCGGCAAGAACUUGGACUAAUUAGCUCUUCUGCCUGACUUUUAGCUCUAUCGCUGCUAACAUGAACUAGGGGAUCAUACGAACCAGGGGCAAAUAUCUAAUUCCGCCAUGCAUACUUAAAACCUUUUGAGCUGGUCUGUGUCUGAUUUUUUUUUUGGGCCGGGGCCUGGGAAGGGUAUAACUAGUUAGUAAUCUAUCAAACAGUUGUACAUUUGUAAGAUUGGGCCCGUUGCAAUGAUUUAUGGGUAUAUUUUUCUUCAGCA